ACUACAGCACUAGUCUGGCUGGAUGUCUGACUCAGCCACGCAGGUUAUUUGGGAAUAUAUUUUAAACGCAUGUUUUAACUAAACAGACCAUAUAAUGCUCGCUCGUUCCUCUUGCUUUGGACAACGCGCAUCUUGUAUUUUGGGCGGUUUGGGGAAGUGCGACAGGAGGUUUUAAGGUCUUUAUCAAGAAGAUGAACAAGGCUCUUGCUCUGGCAUUUGAUCAAUAGACUGGCAAUGUCUAUGUUAAUAUCUUUCUGACCACACCUGUUAAUGGACUGAGAGGUUACUUCAAUAAAAGUUUAAUUUCUAUAUGUGGACUAGUGCCAACGCUGCAGAAAAGCCCAUCGUCCCGAUUCCAGGUCACUGUGUCCCCGAAUUUGUGCUACCACUGUCCUGCACCCUCGCCCGUCUGUUCAUCCCUUGCUUUAUGGGGCUGUUUUUGCUUUCUCUGACCCUGUUUUGUAUCUUGCCACAGAUUGCUAGAAUUCGCUUCAAAUAAAUUUGUACUUUUUAUGUAUGGAUCAAAUCUAGGUCUGCGCAAUAACGGCCUCUGCCCAACAUACGGUACUGUUGGAGUUUUAACCCUUGCAAGAAACACAGCUAAUUGUCAGUAAGCUCUCAGGAUUUAACCCAAGGACUUUCCAAGUGAGUUCGCACUCAGGAUUUAAACCAAUAACUUAUAUCCAGGUCAGUUUUAAACAAGCAUCAAACAUCCCAGAGCUCAUGUAAAGAACAAAUCAUGAGCUCUGACAGUUUCCAGUACCGUGCACUGUUCGAGUACAAGCAGGAGAGGGGUGACGAUAUCUCCCUGCAGCCUGGAGAUCUCCUCACAAUCAGUAAGAUGGCACUGCUGACAUCCGAUUACCAGGAGGGUGAUGAGAAGUGCCCAAAAGGCUGGCUGCAUGGCACCAAUGAACGCACAAAGGAGAAGGGCAACUUCCCCGGCACCUUUGUGGAGUAUGUUGGGGUCUUGAGGACGGGCCUUACUUCAGGGAAGCCCUGGCCGAGACCUGUACCACCAACACCUGUAGGGCCCCAGCCCCCAGGGGCCGCUGCUUCAGAGGGCCUCUGUGGAAAGGGAGAUGUUGUGGAGCAGUGCACUCUGCCUGACCAGACCCCAGCCGUGGUGCUCAGGCUGUCGGAGGCUCUAGAGAGGCUGGACUGGGAGAAUGAGCCACUGUACCGGUCUGGCCAGACCUCCGCUGGAUCCCCAGAAUUAUUGCAGGCUUUGGAAACAGAAACCCAAGGCAUGGAGGAGUGUGGACAGCAGCUGAAAAGAAUCCUUGACUCUCCCAGUGUCCCUCAGGCUAACCACCAGCUCCUGGUUCAUCUGACCCGACACCUAAGUAAGGUGGCCCAAAGUGGGGGAGCAGCUCAGGCAAGCCCUAGGCUUCUGGCUGUGGCCUACAGCGAGGCCAUCUUCAAAAACAACCACUUCAGUGCGGAUGUAAACCCAGAGCAUCAUGUAAAGAUUCUUGAGGCACUUAUCAUGGUUGGAGGCCUAGUGGAGAUACAAGCUGCUCCAGCUCUUCCUCCCAAGCCAACAAAACCCAUGACACCAGUAAAUGGCAACGGUGUGAAAGAAGCGGCCAGCGGCUCAUUGCAAGAAGCAGAAUGGUACUGGGGAGACAUAUCAAGGGAAGAGGUGAACGACAAACUGCGAGACAUGCCCGAUGGUACUUUCCUGGUACGGGACGCCUCGACCAAGAUGCAGGGAGAUUACACAUUAACGCUAAGGAAAGGUGGAAACAAUAAGCUAAUAAAGAUCUACCACCGGGAUGGGAAGUACGGUUUCUCAGACCCGCUCACGUUCAGCUCAGUGGUGGAGCUCAUCAGUCACUACAGGCACGAGUCACUGGCCCAGUACAACACCAAACUGGACGUAAAGCUCAUGUAUCCCGUCUCCCGCUACCAGCAGGAUCAGCUGGUGAAAGAGGACAACAUUGAUGCAGUGGGGAGGAAACUCCAGGAAUAUCACAAUCAAUAUCAGGAGAAGAGUAAAGAAUAUGACAGACUCUACGAGGAGCACACAAAAACCUCACAGGAGAUCCAGAUGAAACGUACUGCAAUAGAGGCCUUCAAUGAGACCAUUAAAAUUUUUGAAGAACAGUGUCAUACGCAGGAACGCUACAGUAAAGAAUACAUCGAGCGAUUCCGCAGAGAGGGCAAUGACAAAGAGAUCGAAAGGAUCAUGAUGAACUACGAGAAGCUCAAAUCCCGUCUUGGCGAGAUUCACGACAGUAAGACCCGGCUUGAACAGGACCUUAAAACACAGGCUCUGGACAACAGGGAGACGGACAAGAAAAUGAACAGCUUAAAGCCAGAUCUCAUUCAGCUCAGAAAGAUUAGAGAUCAGUACCUUGUCUGGCUCAAUCAUAAAGGUGUUCGACAGAAACGAAUAAACGAUUGGCUGGGGAUCAGAAACGAGAACACGGAUGACACCUACUUCGUCAGUGAGGAGGAUGAGAAUCUGCCACACUACGAUGAGAAGAGCUGGUUUGUGGGGGACCUAAACCGAACGCAGGCUGAGGACUUGCUACACGGCAAACCCGAAGGAGCCUUCCUCAUCCGAGAGAGCAGCAAGAAGGGCUGUUACGCCUGCUCUGUUGUGUGA